GUUUUUCUCAAUCGAUUUGGUACAUUUCUCCAAACUCAGGUAACAGCUCUCAAAACAGUUAACACAGUGAUCAGUACACUUUGUAAUUGUCCUAAACAGAUAGUAAAUUCUCCUUCAUUUCAUACAAAUCACAUAUCAAAAGCAUAAUUUUCUCAAAACACUGUGCACAAAAAUCCCAAAUUUUAUCACAGCAGUUCAUACAGCCAACCAAAUCUUUAAUAUAUCAGGAAAAACAUUUGUAACUUUUUCAUUGUUCUUCACAAAGAUCACAAGCAUUUUUGUACCAUUUUCAAAACACAACAAACAAAACUCUGUGAAUUGUAAAAUAGUCAGUUGCACACCUUGUGUCUUCAAUUAACGCCAAAUUGUUAUCUGAUGAGUUAGAAUCCACUCAACACAGAAAAAGCCAAUUUCCUAAUUGUUCACACAGCUGUCUUACGUAAUUACAACAACUACAAAAGGGGAAGAGAAGAAGAACAAAGAAGACAAAUGAGGAGAUACAGUAAGACAAAAAAAGAAGUAUGAGCAGUGGAAACAGAAGAGGUUUAAGAGUGAGAGGUGGUGGCCAGGGUAGAGGGAGAAGAGGAAGAGGAGAUAGAGAAAGAGAAAGAAGAGCUGAAGAUGUAGGAGGAAGAGCGAGAAGAGCUGAGGAUGUAGGAAGAGGAGAAGAGAUUGAAGAGAUGGAUGGAUUGGAGGGCAAUGGUAUAGUGGAAAGAGAAAAUAUAAGAAGAGGUGGACAGGGAGGAAGAGGAGGGCAAAGAGGAAGAGGAGGCCAAGGUGUAAGAGGAGGGAGGAGAGGUAGAAUGAGGGUAGGGUACACGCGUGUUUCAAAUGAAAUCAGAGCCACACUUAUUGACCAUGUCAUAAAUCAUGGUCUCUCACUGAGAGAAGCUGGCCAGAGAGUUCAGCCCAAUAUAAACAGAUCCACAGUGGCUUCAAUUAUCCGUACAUUUCAGAGGGAAAACCGAAUUGAAGUUAGAGAACAUUCAGGUGGACGAACAAGACUUUUUUCAGUUGAACAAGAGCAUGCCAUUGUUGACAUGGUGGUCCAGAACAACACCCUCCGCCUCAAAGAAAUUCAGCAAAGAAUAACACAGGACAAUCAACUGUUCCACAAUAUCCACCAAUGCAGUCUCUCCACAAUUGACCGUGUUCUAAGAAGAAAUGCUAUCCGAAUGAAGCAAGUAUACAAAGUGCCCUUUGAGAGGAACUCCGUUAGCGUGAAGGAGUUGCGAUUCCAGUUUGUUCAAAGAAUCUUGGAGUUGGAUAGUAGUGCAACUCAUUAUGAGUACCUGUAUAUUGAUGACGCAGGCUUCAAUCUUCAAAAAAAAGGAGAAGAGGGAGAAAUGUGAUUGGCCAUCGUGCUACAGUCAAUGUCCCUGGACAACGAGG